CGACAACACAGGUAAGUCCACAUAUUUUCAUUCAUUACCUGCAGGUGUUCAACGGACUUCCAAUGCAUGACCAAGAGAGAAAUUCAUGCUAUCCAUACUUAGGAAGCUUGGGGUCUUUUCGAAGCUGCACUAGAAACCACCAACUACACUUCCUUUUUUCAUGAUGAACAACUAUAGAACCGUUGCGAAUGACGCCUUCGGGCGAUUGAUUUCAACAACUCUUUGCACAUAUCUGAUCCCUUCACAUUCACCUUUGUCUCCCCACUGUUACUUCUAAUAGGAAGCUGACUGACGAAGCCAUGAUGAGCAGACCCUCUCUCCAUUUCCUCCGCCCCUACCUCUACCGAGGAAUAUCCUCACACAGGCCUCAGUACGCUCAGGCUUAUUUGUCUGUGCAGUGCAGGUUCAAGCACGUAAGCGCCGACGCGUUCACCGGCCCACACGAUGUCGAAAAGCAGAAGCGGCUUGAUCAGCUGAAAAACAUCAAGCCAUUGGGCGAGUACCAUCCUCAACUGAUCUACCCGGCGGGUGCUGAGCCGCUCUCACUCCGAGACUUCAACGCCCGGUUCGCAGACAUUCAAGGAACGAAGGCUGAAAAUGUCUCCGUUUUCGGGAGAGUCCGCUCUGUGCGCCUCUCCGGUUCCAAGCUGAUGUUCCUUGAUCUCGAGCGCGAUACUCAACGACUCCAGAUCAUGGUGGAGCGCAAGAAGCUAAGCGAACACGACUCGGAUGAGAAAUUCAAGAGCUUGAAGAAGGUUGCAAGGGUCGGCGACUGGAUCUCCGUCGAAGGAAACCCUACCAGAACACUGUCAGGUCAACUGACUGUCCUCGCGCUAAAGGUUCCCCACAUCCUUGCGCCUUGCCUUCAUCAUAUCCCCGACAGAGUUGACAAUGCUGAAACGCUUGCUCGACGACCUCACAUCCACUCGCUAACGAGCGACGAGCCCGCCGAUACACUCAGGCUUCGUGCUCUGAUCUAUGACUACAUCAGAACCUCGUUCAUACAAACUGGGUUUCUCGAGGUAGAAACCCCAAUGUUUGACGUCAACGCCGGCGGCGCAAUCGCACGCCCCUUCGAAACGGUCGCAAACGAGAUGUCCAACAUGCCUAUCAGACUACGGAUAGCACCGGAAUUGAACCUCAAGCGGCUAAUCGUAGGCGGACAAGACAAGAUCUUCGAGAUUGGGCGCGCCUUCAGAAACGAAGGUGUUGACAACACUCACAACCCAGAGUUCUCAACGUGCGAGUUCUACGAAGUCGGCGCGACACUCCCUCAACUGAUUGAGAGAACGGAGCACCUCAUCCGCGGCCUCCACAGCGCCAUCGAGUCCCUCCGUUCGACCUACUUCUCCACGCUCGCCGCUCCAGAGGGUAUUGACUUCACCGCGCCGUUCGCGCAACUACCCUUCAUCCCUGCCAUUGAGCGCGCCAGCGGCCGCACCCUCCCCGACCUCGGUGCACCCACCGCAAUAGAAGACGUGCUCACCUUCUUCAAAGAGCUCUCGCUCGACAUCCCUCCGAACCCAACGCUACCGCGUCUUCUCGACACGCUGGCGGAGGUGUAUAUCGAGCCGCUCUGCCACAACCCCACCUUCAUAACGCACCACCCCGAAGCGCUCUCUCCGCUGAGCAAAUCCUUCACCUGCCCCACAACAUCCCAGCGCAUCGCUGCGCGCGUGGAGCUCUUCAUUGCGGGCCGCGAAUACGUCAACGCCUACGAAGAAGAAAACUCGCCCUUUGAGCAGCGGCGCAAAUUCAUGGUACAGCAAGACUACCAGACCGAAGGUCAGGGCGCAAUCGACGAGUCCUACCUCGAGGCGCUGGAGUGGGGCAUGCCGCCCACGGGGGGUUGGGGGUGUGGGCUCGAUAGGUUGGUGAUGCUGUUUGCGAGCAAGAAGAGGAUCGCGGAUGUGUUGCCCUUUGGGACAUUGAGGAACGUUGUCAGUAUUGCGAAGAUGAGGCAGAAGUAGGGGGUGAUGGCCAGUUUACGACCUGGGGUGUACAUUAGCCUGUUGGUUCAGGCUUGAUCAUAUGAAUACCAGAUUGUCCAGUCUACACGAAACUUGUGCCCCUUGUUCACAUGGUGUUGUUUCUGGUAAAUGCUCAAGUUCGCACUAUCGUCUCAUGACCGCGAGUCUCCGCCUGCG